AAACACCCCUUAAAUCAACCUCUAAUAAACAACACGACAUCAAUAUACACCGAGCACCGUAUCAAAACGAUUAUAUUUAAUCCAUGGAUCAGACGCUUACACCUAAUUUUGUUGCUAUUUUAAUUAAUUACUAGUACUUGUAAUAAUUGGCAGAAAUACUGUCAAUUUGUAGCAUCUGAACUCCAUAACAACAAUUUCCAUCUUCAGAACAACAACCAACUUAAAAUGAAAGGAUCUAGUUACUGUAAUUGGGUGAAGAAGCAUGAAUCAGUAUGUGGAGUAAUCUUCAUUCUAUUUCUGGGUCAACUUCUCUCCUUUAUUAUGGCAACUACCAGCUUCGCCGCAUCUUAUUUAGCGACUCGUGGUGUUGAUGCUCCAGUCACACUUUCAUUCUUCACUUAUUUUGGUUUGACUUUGAUUUAUGGGAGUAUCAUGCUCUUUAGGCGUAAGAAAUUGGUGAAUUUGGACAUGCAGGUUCCUUGGUAUUAUUAUGCUCUCUUAGCCUUUGUUGAUGUUCAAGGGAAUUUCUUUUGUAAUAAGGCAUUCCAGUUUACAUCCAUCACUAGUGUGACUCUAUUUGACUGCUGGACUAUAAUUUGGGUGAUGAUUUUGACAUGGAUAUUCAUAGGCACAAGAUACACUAUGUGGCAGUACAGUGGGGCUGCAACAUGUGUAGUUGGCCUUGGCUUCGCGCUCCUCUCUGAUGCUAGGAUUGGUGGUGGAGGUGGGUCUAGUCCUCUUCUUGGUGAUUUUCUUGUAACUGUUGCUACUCUAUUUUAUGCAUUGAGUAAUGUUGGUGAGGAAUUCUGUGUCAAACAGAAAGACCUUGUUGAAGUUAUAUCAAUGCUUGGUGUUUUUGGAUUGCUGGUGAGCGUGUGUCAGAUCACACUGAUGGAGAGACGCAAUUUGGAGGCAAUUGAGUGGUCUACAGAUAUUAUACUAGUAUUUGCUGCAUAUACGGUGGGAUCUUGUUUAUUCUACAGCCUUGUUCCUUUACUUUUUAAGUUAAGUGGAGCAACAUUGUUCAAUCUAUCUGUUCUCACAUCUGAUAUGUGGGCUGUUGUCAUCCGCAUACUAUUUUAUCAUGAGGAGGUUGAUUGGCUAUACUACGUUUCUUUCGCAAUUGUGGUUGUGGGACUUGUCAUCUAUUGCAAAAAUGACACAAACACUGCACCAGCAGCAAUAGAUGUGGACGAGCAUUCAAGUGUAGAAUACCAAAUUCUUGGUGAAGUGAGCUCGAAAUCAAGAGACAGUGAGGUGGGGAAUGAAGUUCUUUAAGGAUUCUUAACCAUUUCGUAGUAAACCCAACUUAAAACUGGAUGUAGCCAGUGGGGAAACUGUACAUAACUUAGUGUUUAUGGUUGUCCAACAUAUGUUGUGCGGAAUUGCUGAUUAUCAAGUGUAUCUUUAAUUGUUUCAAAUUGUAAGAUGCAACCUUCAACCUCACAAGUCACAACUACAAGUACCGUAGAGUGUUCCACGAAGAGCCGUUCGAAAGUUGGCACUCUAACAAAAUAAAUUCAAGAAACUGUCCACUUACACAAA